AUGGCGCCUGUAGAGGAUUCUCCGGAAAAGUCAUCCACAGCAACAUUAGAAUCACCCACUGACGAGAACAAUUCUACAGCCCCAAGCAGCAGCAUCACAUCCCUGUUGGACUGGAACAUUUCGGCGUCUGGAUCGAUUGGAGCUCUAUUGUUGCAAAUGCAAAAAAAGGAGGAAGAAUUGAUCAAACUCAAUCAAACCAGCACUCUCUAUCAAGAUCAGAUUGUCGACUUGUUUAACAACAACAACAACAACAACAACAACAAUGGCGACGACACCAUUCUCCUUCAAGGCAAACGAGAAAAAGAGGAAAAGGCCAAGCAACAAGAAAUGAACAAAAAACAACGCGAAAUGGCCAAGGAACUGGACGAUGCCGUCAAGAUACGCCUCACUCCAACCGUGGGGAAAGAUGUGGAAAUUCUAAAUCUUCCACCCAUGUACAAAAUUUUAAUGCAAGAAGAUGAUGACCAAGUGGUGGAUAAUGUUGAUAACAUGAUGGCAAAAAAGAAUACAACAACCUUUGUGGACUUGCCCCCACUCAGCAAACCGGAACACUAUCAAGAUCGGAUUGGUCGGGAUAUAAGGCAAGUGGCGGUCUCCAUUGCCACAAGUGUCAGCAGUGUAGAAGAUUGGGUCAAAGUCUGUCGAGAAAUGCAACCCCAUGGAGGUUUGGCAAUCCUAGUGGAUUGCAUUGUGGAAGGGGCCAGCAUGGUGCGGUCUCGGACCAGAGGCGUGGAUCCCCAAGUGGAAGAAGAAGCCUUUGCUGCAGCGUCCACAGCUUGUCGAGCACUUCGAGAUUUGUGUGCUCUCGACUCGGAGUUGGCGUCAGUCAUUACGGAUGGACUCUUGCGGGCCAAUGCUGGCCUGAUCAAGGAAGGAUCGUCGUCUCUCCUACAAGAUUUGGUCACUCUACUCCGAGAUGCACAUGACAAUAGCGGCCCCAACGGAGAAAUGCCCAUCCUCUCGAAGCGACAACGAUUGAUGGGACCAUUCUUGGGAAAACGACGACAAAAGGUUCCAAGGAGGAGUCGCAAAGUAGCUCGACAACGCUGCAAAUUAUAUGUAACUCAAUUGCUCUUGGCCAUGGCAUGUACAAGUGAUAGUGCUGUUGAUGCCUUUCGGAGUACCGAUGGCCUCCAAGAUACCGUCUUGGCUUGUUCAUCCUAUACAAGGCCGGAACAGACUCGGCGGUGGUUGCGGUAUCCCAUUGAAAUGGUCAAGAGCUGGAUAUCCAAAAAAAGUACUUCGGAGUCAGAACGCCGACGGCCGCCGUUCAUCGAAGCCACGUCCUUGAAGGACGAUUUGAAUGGAAAGAUACUAGGAACGUCCAAUCAAAUUCUAGCUGCAAUGGGUUACAACCAAUGGGUGCCAAAGCAACCAGGACAAAAGGGAUUACGAAUACUCUGCUUGGAUGGUGGCGGUUCUCGAGGCAUGACUGCUGUCACAGCGGUGGAUUGUCUUGUAGAAGCACUGGAUGGCAUGGAAGUUGCUGAUUGCUUUGAUUUUAUCAUUGGAACAAGUACUGGUGCCAUCAUUUCUUUUCUGAUUGGACUGCGACGGGAAUCGAGUAAGAUGGCCAUUGAUCGAUACGAUGAGUUGAUCAAGAAAAUCUUUGUCAAGACUGUCAUGAGCACACCCCUUUUGCUCUUCACAACAGCCACCUACGACGAAUCUUACAUUAUGAAUGUUCUAAGUGAAAUUCUAAAGGAAGAAACCAUGCUAGACAGCCGAGCUGAUCCUUCCGUUCCAUUUGUAUUUGCCGUGACAUCCAAAAUGUCAUCGAAUCCCACACAUGUGGCAUUGCUGCGAAACUACAACUAUAAUGGUGGUGAGUAUCCAGAUCCAUUCAUGGUCAAGCCAGCCGAUGCGAGAGAAGCAUUGGGAUUGAGACUGGAGAUGGAAGAUGAGAGAAUUCGAUUGAACAAGUACCAAACGAAAGAUCCAAACUCCAAGAAGAGAGAUGCGUCCAGACAUCCAGGAUCAUUUCGUGUUUUGCAACGAUAUGCGCUUCGAGCAUCAACAGCAGCCCCAACGGUUUUCAAACCACUCAUGAUGGGCGGCGAAAUGUACUGCGAUGGAGGCAUUGUUGCCAGUAAUCCUACGGCUAUUGCCAUUCACGAGGCACGAAGUCUCUUUCCGGACAUUCCCAUUGAAUGCGUUGUGUCCCUAGGAACGGGAGGAUUUGUGGAGCAAAAGAGUGCACCACGAAUUGGUUGGGACGGAAUCAUCAAUCAAAUUGUAAAUAGUGCGACCGACACCGAACAAGUCCAUCACGUCCUGGAAGAUAUCCUUGGAGAUGGGGGGACAACCCAACUUGGGCAAUCCAGAGUGUCCAAUACCUUUUAUGCUAGAUUUAACCCAAUCUUGGGGCUACCAGACGAGUUUCCCAUUGACGUUACCGAACCGGCAAAGCUGGAUCAAAUCAAGCGAAUCACUAGAAGCUAUAUGAAAGAACCAGAACAACAGAAAAAAUUGAAAGACCUCAAUGACAUAAUGCACGGAAGAAGAAGGUUGCGAAAGCGUUUUGGACGGUAA